AUGGAACACGAAGAGCGUGAAGAAUCAGAUGAAGACGUGGAAGGUAGUGAUUACGAGGAAUCUGGUAGCGGGUCCGAAGAAGAAGAAAAGCAGGAGGAGGAACGCGAGAGUCUUGAAAGUCAGAUAGCCCAGUACGAAAUGACGAUAAAGAAAGCUUUUAAAGCGAAGAAUAUGGCCGACGAAGCAAAUGCUUCGAACGAACUAGGUAUUAACUUGAUUUAUACUUGAGACGAAUGAUCUGUCUGAGCGACAGAAUCUCACAACUUGUCAACAAGAUGUGUUCGCAACAGGCUCGUAGCAAGCUUGUCAAGUUGUAACAAUGCUGUUAUUCAAGUUGCUACAAGCUUGUCACUCACAACGUGUGGAUAAAGUGUUGAAUUGCAGGACGAUAACAAGUCUGUUGAGCUGAACAACCUUCUAGCAAGUUGCCAACAAGCCGUAGACAACUUGUCAACAAACUGGGAACAAGCAGUGCGAACACAUCCUGUUGACAAGUUGUUGGAACAGCAUUGCUGUUGACAAGUUGUUGGAACAGCACUGCUACAAGUCUGAUGCAGGCUUUACGUGUGUAAGCGAGUUGUGUGCUAGAUUUACACAGUACAACUCACAAGUUGUAAGCAGGUUGCAUGCGACAGUUUUAGGCAAAAGUUGUGUAGUGUAAAUCGGUCCCUAAAGGAAUACACAGGAUCAUUAAAUACUUGUUGUAUCGCAUAGGUAUGGUUUACUACAAGGUGGGCAGAUAUAAAGAAGCCGUCAAUUGUCAAGAACGCCAACUCACUUUGGCAACCUCGCUCAAAGACCCACGAAUGGAGAGACGCGCGCUGUGCAACUUGGGAUGUGCUGCAAAAUGGGCCAAAGAUUAUGACCGCGCGCUGGAGUGUUUACAAAAAGGACUAGAAAUGGCAAAGGACGAAAGCGAUAAAAAAGCAGAGGGCAAAUUUCUCAACAAUAUUGCAAGUGCCUAUGAAAGCAUGGCUGACUUCGAGAAUGCGAUGAAGUAUUAUGAAAUGAGAUUACAACUCGCGAGAUCGACGAGGGAUAAAGCAGCCGAGACAAAAUGUUGUGCUAGUAUUGGGAAUGUGUUGCACGUCUCUGGCGACAUCAGAGAAAGUAUCAAGUAUUUUGAACGAGUCGUCGUCUGCAUCAAGUUGAAAAAAGGUGUGUAUAUAGCUCAGUGGUCCCGCAGUCCUACGUUUUGACCCUAUUCCAUCGAACGCGAUGCCCAAAAUUUAGAAUGUUUUCCCAGUAGAACUGGUACUUCAUAUUUUAUCAAUGACCAAUUGAGUUGUGGGUACAUUUUGCCUUUUCCCCGUCUCUUAAUAAAAUAUCAUGCAUAGAGGACGAAAUAACAUCUUAAUAAAUCCAAGAUUGGAUUAAGACAAGACUAUAGUUCGGUUUUUUAAAAUAUUUCUGCAGCAACCGUAACAAAGUCAGCCGCUUAAAUUACCUUGUAGCCAAAACUGAGGUUAAUAAUUCUGUAAUAAUCCUAAAGGAGGUAGCUACACAAAAUUGUUGUGGCAACAAAACCCCCAGGACAUUAUUUUUUUACUAUUCAACAGCUGCUGAAAUUAAAGAAGCGGAAAAAUCUCAAGAUGGUGGAUCUGAGAAGGGUUUGGAAGGUAGAUCGUCAAGCAGAGGCAGCCAGUUCAGUUCCUGAUGACGACCUUCAUGAUUAAUCUAAAUUCAUGCAUGUGUUUUUCUAUUGGCUGCAACGCACAUGCUUUGUGCAUCUUUAAUUUUGCAGCAUACGGCUUGUUGACAACUUGCUACAAGGUUGUUGAGCUUAACAGACUUGUUACAAGUUGUUGAGUGACAAUCUUGUAGAAACUUGAUAAAAUAACAGCAUUGUUACAACUUGUUGACAAGCUUGCUACAAACCUGUUGCGAACACAUCUUGUUGACAAGUUGUGAGAUUCUUACGUGGGUAAAGCGUAAAUUAGUGGCAUAUUAAAGCAUUAUUGGCCAGUAAACUUUUGAUAUUUCAAUGGCAUGAGUAAGUUACUGUUAUUUUCCUGGCUCAAGAAACAAAUAUGCAAUCCCAAAAUAUGUCUCUGUUUUUUAAUUCCAAUUAGUAACACAAAAAUGUAUGUUAUAAUUGGUAUAUGAAAUGUCAAUAAAACAUUCAAAUGAAUUGAAUUUUAGUUUUGGAAAUGGGAAAUGUUAUUUGUACUUCUUUAAAAUAUUUAUGUAUUUAUAUAUAGUUUAUAUAUUUGUUUUCAGACUAUCCCUUUAAAGGAUCAAUCGUUGUCAAUAUAAGCCGACAGCGCGCUAAAAAAUAAAUGCCAUUGUAAAAUGUUAUUGAAUGAAUGGCAAAAACAAAUAUACUUCUAGUUCUAGACUUAGUCAAGGCUUUUCGCACUAAAAACACGUCUCUGCUGGGUUAAGAAGAGAGUAUAAAGUAAAACAAAAACUCAAAGAAAACGAGGUCAACGAAUAUUUGGAGUGUCUCAGCUCUUAAGCACGUCUGCAGUUGGGGAAACCAGUGUACCCUCCGAUACAUUUGUCGCAUUUUCGUCCGACGACAUUUUGCCUGCAGGGACAUUGGCCGCCAAAUUUGUCACACACGGCGGAUGUCGAACCAUUCCGAUCGCAAUCACACGUCGUUAAUGCGCCAUUGAACAUGGUUGUCAUGGUAAAGACGGAUUCUUUACAAAACUGCGAGGAACUAUCGACGAUAAAAUCAUUUUUGCCACAUUGCUUGAUAAAUUUCUGAGCUAAACUGACAGGCUGCUGUUUCUCCAUGUCGGCGUUAAAAUGACGGCUUGGCACAAAUAAGAUAUAGUC